AUGUAUCGACAGCACAUAUUGUUUAUUUUCCUUUUUCUAUUGGCUACUAUUGUUAAUUCUUAUAAACUUAUCGGACGUGCUUUUCAUACAUCAAAUUACAUAAAUGAUAAAAUUUAUUUUCUUGGUGGGGGAAUAGAAACGACGGAAUAUACCAAUGAUUUUUUUUAUUUAAACGUUUCAGUACCCUUUACUCUAGAUUCUUUGCCAAUAUUCAAUGUAUCUAGCAACGUUCAAAUCGCUAAACAUGGAAGAGCGACAUCAACUGUUUGUGGUCAUAAUAAAGAUACAAUCUUUUUGUUUGGAGGUGACUUUGAUGAUGAUGAAAGUGCGCUACCCUUAGUUUUUGCAUUUAAUAUUAGCAUUCCACAAUGGACUAAUGCAAAUGUUAGAGGACUUGAACCAAUAAGACGUAGGUGGUCAUCAUCCGCCUGUGAUAAACAGAAGAUGUAUAUUUUCGCAGGUUAUAAUUCUCAUCAAAGUACCUUUAGAAAUGAUUUUGAUAUAUUGGACAUAAAUCGAUUAACUUGGUCAUUGGGAAGUAAAGUAAACAUCCCAAAUCCUAGAGAUGUAGCUACUGCAACUAUAUUAUCAGACGGAAAAAUAGUUUUUCUUGGAGGAAAUGGUGAUGGAAAUAUUAUUAACAUGUCAGAGAUUAAUCUAUAUGAUACUAAUAAUGAUAAAUGGUCACAAAUGGUUACAAAUGGUACACCACCAGCGGGUCGAAUGGGUCACACAACCGUCUUAACAAAAGAUGGACGUAUUAUUGUCUAUGGAGGGCAAACUUUUGAUGGUCCUCUUGCUCAUCAUGAUCAAUUAUCAGUUUUGGAUACUACGGAGCAAAUAUUUAGAUGGUCAAUUCCUGAAAUCAAAUAUACACCUAUUUCCGCACCUUAC